GUUCUCUAAAAUUUGGUUUUGCAUGUUUAAAGGCUCUCAGCAUGCAGUGUUGUUGCUAAUAUAGAAGAGAAGACCAGGUGGUCCUACAGGCUGCCGCAACCCUAAAACUGAUAAGCUUAGGCUUCCCAAAGUCGUUAGUCGCGGCAACAUGUUGGCGUCAUUAGGAAGAAGCGCGACUCGCGCUGUGCAGCAGCGCAGUGGCCAGGCCGUGGCGUGCUCGCGCGUAGCCGUUCGGUAUGGACGGCAUCGGCGCCCGCUCCUGGUGCAAGCCAUGAGCCUGAAGGCUGUGCCGGUGGAGUCAUCUCUACGGCCGGCGUCGCCACGGACCAAGGAAAUAGCGACGCGGCUUAUGAUGGCGCCGGGCGUGUCGGCGUCGGCGCGUGCGCUGGUGGUGGGCUCUGGCGCGGUGCCCAUCAUAGACGUCCUCAAAUACCUCGGCGUCAAGGACAUCACGGUGGUGGACACGGACCCGGAGCGCCUGACGGUGGUCCAGACCGCACACGGCACCAGCAGCGUCCUUGGCAACGAUCUGGGUGUGCGCACGUGGCAGGGUGACUUCUGCGAGCUGCCGGCGUUCCUUGGGCCGCUGGACGUCAUCAUCUUCACGGACGAGCCGUUCGGGACACAGCAAACUCCCAGGGAGGCACUGGUGAAGGCCUGCCUGGCGCUCAAGCCGGGAGGCUGUGUCGUCGUCAACUCUGAGGAGGAGAGCCGGCGCUGGCGGCCCAAGUACCCGCCCACUCGGGAGAACCUGGCGGCUCUGGUGGCAGGCCUACCCGUGCACAUCCACAGCGAGCAGGAGGUGGCCAACGGGUACAGCGGCAUUCUGCAGCUGCCGGCCCACUAUCGGUUGCGGACGCCCCUGGCUCUGCGUGGCAAGGUGGUGAAGGGCUACGGGCGCGGUAGCCGCCAGAUGGGAACCCCCACCGCGAACAUCGAGACGGGGCUGGUGAAGGAGGCGCUGGCCAGCAUGAAGCCGGGAGUGUACUUCGGGUGGGCGAAGCUGAACCCGCCGCACGGCUGGCCCAGUGUGGACUCGGACGUGCACAAGAUGGUCCUGAACGUGGGCUCCCGCCCCACCGUGAACAAGGGCGACGAGGCGCCCUCGCUGGAGUGCCACAUCCUCCACCACUUCGAGGGCGGACAGGAGUUCUACGGCAGCGAGCUGGAGGUGCUGGUGCUGGGCUUCCUGCGCCCGGAGAUCAAGUUCGGCAGCGUGGAUGCGCUCGUCAGCCGCAUCAGGGCCGACAUCGCCACCGCGCGGGUGCAGCUGGAGGCGCCGCAGCUGCGGGCGCAGGCAGCCGUGCUGCUGGACAAGUAGCUGGCGUGCGAGGACAGGCGUGUGAAGUAGAGUGGGGGGAUUGGUGGAGGCGGAGGAUUGGCGGAUGAUGGGCCCGUCUUUUAUGGGUUUGAUGUGGGUGGGACGAGGGCGGGAACUGAGGAAUGAGAGAUGGAGCUGCAUCAGCGACACACGAUGUGGCGCCGUGCAGGCCGAGUGGCGGACAUCGUGGGAAGGACAUGGGUAGCAGUGAAGCGAGACAUGGGUUGUAGCGUGGCCCACAGCCGCGGGGGCCUCUGCAUACCAUAUAGCCAUGCGGGCGUGAAGAGGUGGCGCGGGCAUGACUUGUGACUUGAGCCCUGUCGUGUCUAUACGUCUGGUACGGUAAGCAGCAACCCCCUGUGCCAAAACUUGCAUGUUAUGGUGUGUUGCGACCAAAUGUUCAUGAAGGGCACAAAUCUGGCUGCUGACACUUGAUUGAGAAACGGUGCCGAUAAGCGAAACGGUUCGCGCGUACGGGGUUUGGGGAGAGUCCAGCAGUCGUUUCUGGCCUGGCUUGAAGUAAGUUGAAAGCAUUCAAAGGCACAUUUUAUGAU